AUGGGCCUGGACUCCAAGACACCUGUGGACAAAAAGCAAAACCGCGCAACAGAGAACCCGCAGGGAGGCGGGGCUGUACAGCCAGGCUCAGACUGUGUGGCGCAGUUGCGCAGUGGAGGCAAACCUGAAGGGAGGGGCUGGGGCCCAUACUGCGCAGGCGCAGGCAGGCUGAGGGGAGGCGGGGCUCUGGGGCUCCUCAGUGGAGAAGCUCUGGGAGGGGCGGGCCUGGGGCGGGGCUGGGCAGGCCACCUCAGAGGAGGCAGGCCUUGGGGGGGGCCUGGGGCGGGGCUGGGCAGGCUACGUCAGAGGAGGCGGGCCUUGGGCGGGGCCUUGGGCGGGGCUCGGCAGGCCACGUCAGAGGAGGUGGGCCUUGGGCGGGGAUGGGCAGGCCACCUCAGAGGAGGCAGGCCUUGGGCGGGGCCUUGGGCGGGGCUGGGCAGACCACGUCAGAGGAGGCGGGCCUUGGGCAGGGCUGGGCAGGCCACCUCAGAGGAGGCGGGGCCUUGGGCGGGCUGGGUAGGCCACGUCAGAGGAGGCGGGCCUUGGGCGGGGCUAAGUAGGCUGGCUCUAAGGCGUCAGCACUUGGGAGGUUGGGCCUGUGGAAGCAUGUUCUGGAAAGGCGCGCGCCACGCGGGGCGCGGGCGAGGCGCUAGGCCUCCGAGUAGACACUGCAGAGAAGGCAGGCUAGAUGGGAGGGGCAGGUCUGAGACUGGCUGCUACAGGGCUGCAGAGUGA